AGCAGCUAUGGGCCGUGGAGGUGGGACGAUGCGUCACUUCCUGGUCUUUUGGGGGAGCCGGGAUAUAUAAGGGCGGUGCUCACGCAGCGCUCUCGCUUACACAGUAUGGCCGGCGACAUUAGCUAGCGCUCGCUCUACUCUCUCUAACGGGAAAGCAGCGGAAUACAAGAGACUGAACUGUAUCUGCCUCUAUUUCCAAAAGACUCACGUUCAACUUUCGCUCACACAAAGCCGGGAAAAUUUUAUUAGUCCUUUUUUUAAAAAAAGUUAAUAUAAAAUUAUAGCAAAAAAAAAAAAGGAACCUGAACUUUAGUAACACAGCUGGAACAAUCCGCAGCGGCGGCGGCAGCGGCGGGAGAAGAGGUUUAAUUUAGUUGAUUUUCUGUGGUUGUUGGUUGUUCGCUAGUCUCACGGUGAUGGAAGCUGCACAUUUUUUCGAAGGGACCGAGAAGCUGCUGGAGGUUUGGUUCUCCCGGCAGCAGCCCGACGCAAACCAAGGAUCGGGGGAUCUUCGCACUAUCCCAAGAUCUGAGUGGGACAUACUUUUGAAGGAUGUGCAAUGUUCAAUCAUAAGUGUGACAAAAACUGACAAGCAGGAAGCUUAUGUACUCAGUGAGAGUAGCAUGUUUGUCUCCAAGAGACGUUUCAUUUUGAAGACAUGUGGUACCACCCUCUUGCUGAAAGCACUGGUUCCCCUGUUGAAGCUUGCUAGGGAUUACAGUGGGUUUGACUCAAUUCAAAGCUUCUUUUAUUCUCGUAAGAAUUUCAUGAAGCCUUCUCACCAAGGGUACCCACACCGGAAUUUCCAGGAAGAAAUAGAGUUUCUUAAUGCAAUUUUCCCAAAUGGAGCAGCAUAUUGUAUGGGACGUAUGAAUUCUGACUGUUGGUACUUAUAUACUCUGGAUUUCCCAGAGAGUCGGGUAAUCAGUCAGCCAGAUCAAACCUUGGAAAUUCUGAUGAGUGAGCUUGACCCAGCAGUUAUGGACCAGUUCUACAUGAAAGAUGGUGUUACUGCAAAGGAUGUCACUCGUGAGAGUGGAAUUCGUGACCUGAUACCAGGUUCUGUCAUUGAUGCCACAAUGUUCAAUCCUUGUGGGUAUUCGAUGAAUGGAAUGAAAUCGGAUGGAACUUAUUGGACUAUUCACAUCACUCCAGAACCAGAAUUUUCUUAUGUUAGCUUUGAAACAAACUUAAGUCAGACCUCCUAUGAUGACCUGAUCAGGAAAGUUGUAGAAGUCUUCAAGCCAGGAAAAUUUGUGACCACCUUGUUUGUUAAUCAGAGUUCUAAAUGUCGCACAGUGCUUGCUUCGCCCCAGAAGAUUGAAGGUUUUAAGCGUCUUGAUUGCCAGAGUGCUAUGUUCAAUGAUUACAAUUUUGUUUUUACCAGUUUUGCUAAGAAGCAGCAACAACAGCAGAGUUGAUUAAGAAAAAUGAAGAAAAAACGCAAAAAGAGAACACAUGUAGAAGGUGGUGGAUGCUUUCUAGAUGUCGAUGCUGGGGGCAGUGCUUUCCAUAACCACCACUGUGUAGUUGCAGAAAGCCCUAGAUGUAAUGAUAGUGUAAUCAUUUUGAAUUGUAUGCAUUAUUAUAUCAAGGAGUUAGAUAUCUUGCAUGAAUGCUCUCUUCUGUGUUUAGGUAUUCUCUGCCACUCUUGCUGUGAAAUUGAAGUGCAUGUAGGAAAAACCUUUUACUAUAUGAAACUUUACAACACUUGUGAAAGCAACUCAAUUUGGUUUAUGCACAGUGUAAUAUUUCUCCAAGUAUCAUCCAAAAUUCCCCACAGACAAGGCUUUCGUCCUCAUUAGGUGUUGGCCUCAGCCUAACCCUCUAGGACUGUUCUAUUAAAUUGCUGCCAGAAUUUUACAUCCAGUUACCUCCACUUUCUAGAACAUAUUCUUUACUAAUGUUAUUGAAACCAAUUUCUACUUCAUACUGAUGUUUUUGGAAACAGCAAUUAAAGUUUUUCUUCCAUGAGUUGAGUCCUUAAGAAAAUGAUUCCAGUUACUCAUUUUGCAUAUUUGCUAUUUUAACAUUAUUGGACCCUGCAUUUAUAGUCCUUUGAUUUCUUCCCUCUCCCUGGUGUCUCCCCCAAGACCCCAAAUAAAGCAAUACACUGUUAACACUGUGGGUUUAUAUACUAAUUCUAUACCCCAGAUGGGGAAUGGGGGAGAUGGUCCCUGGGCUUAAUAUUCUUUAAAGGGCAUGGGAAUUUAGCCUCUCUUUUAUUGUAAUGUGCUCUUUUGGAAAAUAGUUGGUUAGCAGGGAAGACCCAGAGUUGUAGAUUGAGAUUAGGGUGUACUGGCUGAACUGUGGAAAACAUACAAUUCUGUGUUCCUCAGUAAAUGAGAUUAGCGUCUAAUGAGUAGCACCCCUUUACUAACUUAGUAGUAGUAUAAAAUCAUUUUUAUUUAGUUAAUUACCAGAGAGAUUUAGCAUAAUUUUGUUCUGGAUUCAGUAAAUCAAGUCAGCUUGGAUCAUUCACCUUAACUUUUCCUUUAGCAGCCAUUUCCACUAGUUUCCAUUAAGUAGUGUUCUAUAAACUUCGAUCCAAAGCAGAAUCAAUGUCUUUUCCAUCUGGUGACUUAAAGUUCUGUGACUGUGAUGCAUGUGAGUGUUCCGACUUCAUCUGUUCCUCUUAACUACGGUGUUUCCCUCACCAUGGCAUUCAUAGGAUGAAAUGAAUGACUGCCCAGAAUGAGAAUUUGUCCAGAUUAUUCAGAUAAACAUCAUAAAGCAGAAUACAUUAUAAAUAAGUAGAAUAUGAAUAAAUAGAAUAAUAAAAUUCCAAAAUACUCAAUGGGAAAUGACUAGUAAUAUAGGCUUUCAAGAGUUGGUACCUUUUAGCUAUAUUUGCAGAUACUCUGGGAUUUUAAGGAACUGAGAAAACAGCAAAGUUGACUAAAUUUUAUAUUUCUUGUCCUCUAAAUAUUUUGAUAAUUUCUGGAUUGAUGCAGUGAUGUUUUUGUUCCUUCCGUAUUUAUAAAUGAAACACCUUUUUUUAGUGUUUCUAAACCUAAAAUCUACUUGGUUUGAAAUCAAGUGGUUGGAACACUGUUUGACUUUUAUUUGAAGCAUGUUGUUGAUUGAAAAUUUCAUUGAGGAAGUUUUCAAUCAGUGUGAUCAGUUUGAUUCUGUAAUGAGCACAGCACCUAAUAUUUUGAGGAGCUCUGUUUUGAGGACCAAUGCUUAAGGUGGACUUUGUUCGUAAACAAUAUCCCAAUAGAUUUGUUGACUUGAGGUCUGGUUUUGUUUUGUUUUUGUUUUGUUUUGUUUUCCAAUAGAAUUAAGAAUUCUAAUGUUGAAAAACUGCACAAAUUUUUAUGGGACAAAGCCUAGAAAAGAGAAAUGUAGUUUGAAUCAUAAUCUAAAUCAUGGUAUGAUAGAAGAGGGAAAGUUUUGGUGCCAUAAUUUCUCCUUUCACUGGUGUUGGACUUAAAUCAGUUGAAAUGUAUUUCUGUACCACAAUUUACGCUUCAAUAAAAGUUUAAUUGUCUAGUGACAUUCAGAAA